AUGUCUAUAGCAAUUGCUAGCGAACGUGAAGUGAAAGGAAAUUGGAGAGAUUUUUAUGAAAUUGCACCUCAAGUUGAAGAAGCACCAGGACGUUUUCAAGUGAUCUCAUUCAAUUGGGAAGAGGUCCAAAAACCAUAUACUAUUGCAAUAUGGCUAUUACUUGCUGGGAUUGCUAAAAUGGUAUUUCAUAUAUCAAAACGGGUCGCUGAUACAUUUCCGGAUUCAUCAUUACUAAUUGUUGUGGGUCUCAUAUUGGGUGUUCUGCUUAAAUUAUCCAAUGUUAAUGAUUCAAUAUUCAAUCUGGAAGCAAAUGUUUUCUUUCUUUAUUUACUACCACCGAUUAUUUUUGAUGCUGGUUAUUUUAUGCCAAAUCGAGCUUUAUUUGAAAAUUUUGGCUCUAUAUUGGUAUUUGCUGUUAUCGGAACCAUAUGGAAUUGUCUAGCAAUUGGUUCAUCAUUAUAUGGCCUUGGCUUAUUAAAUGUUUUUUCAAUUAAAUUUUCCAUUUUUGAAAUUUUCCUCUUUUCGGCAUUAAUUAGCGCCGUUGAUCCGGUAGCUGUAAUAGCAGUUUUUGAAGAGAUUCAUGUUAAUGAAACACUUUUUAUAACUGUUUUCGGUGAAGCAUUGUUCAACGAUGGUAUCACUGUGGUACUCUAUCAAAUGUUUCGUAAAUUUGUACUUAUUGGAAAAGAUAAGUUAAUACCAAUUGAUUAUUUUUCUGGUGGUAUAAGUUUCUUUGUAAUUGGUCUCGGUGGUACAGCAAUUGGUCUUUUUUAUGCAUUUAUUGUUAGUUUUAUCACUAAAUAUACAGAUAAAGUUAAAAUAUUGAAUCCAAUUUUUAUAUUUCUAAUACCAUAUAUGGCAUAUCUAACUGGUGAAAUGUUUGGUCUAUCAUCCAUUUUAGCAAUUGUUGCAUGUGGUAUGGCUAUGAAACAAUAUGUUAAAGGUAAUAUUACUGCAACAGCUGCAACAUCUGUAAAAUAUUUCACAAAAAUGUUAGCACAAAUUUGUGAAACAGUAAUUUUUAUGUUUCUUGGCUUGUCAACAAUUUCAAGUAAACAUCACUGGGAUUUACCAUUUAUUGUACUUACAAUUAUUUUCUGUUUGGUUUAUCGCAGUAUUGGUGUCAUUGUACAAUGUGCUAUACUGAAUCGUUUCCGGAAACAAAGUUUUACUCGUGUUGAUCAAUUCAUUUUAUGUUACGGUGGUUUACGUGGUGCAAUUGCAUUCGGUUUAGUAGUUUCAAUGCCGAAUAAUAUUCAUGCUAAAAGUAUGUUCACAACAGCCUGUAUAGCUGUCAUCUACUUCACCGUUUUUCUACAAGGAAUAACAAUUCGGCCGUUAGCAACUUAUUUAAACAUUGAAAGGGAAGCAGAAGAAGGUCCAACAAUGAUACAAAGUGUUUAUAUGCGAUAUUUCGAUUAUACAAUGGCUGGUGUUGAAGAUAUUGCCGGACAAAAAGGAUAUAAUUCAAUACGUGAUGCUUUUGAAAGGUUAAAUGCAACAAUCUUUCGACCGUUAUUGAUGCGAAAUCAGAAGCCACAUCAAUUUGAUGCAUCAAAAAUCAUUCGAGCCUAUACAAAAAUAACAUUAAAAGAAGCCAUGGAAAUGGCCUGUGAUAUUAAGCCUAAUAUUAAUGUGCCAAGAAAAUCGAAAAGUGUAUCUGAUGGUCUUGGUGUAGCUUCAUCAGCUUAUAACAAUUUUGAAUAUUUAUUUGAUGAAAAAUCUGAACCAAAUGAUCCAACAAAUUUAAGGAUUGAACUUGCAAAAUAUAUGACAUCAAAUGAAAAUACAGAAGCAUUAUAUCGUAUGUUCAGUCAAUUAUUAGAUCGUAAACUUCGUGAAUUAAAAAAAGAUCAAAGUACAAUGGAUGAGAAUGGUGAUGAUAUUAAGGAAGAUUAUAUGGCAGAAUUUAUUAAACCUGGUACCAGUGUUUCAACAAUUGAUCUUACAGAUGUUGGCAAAUUAGCGCCACGUUCAAUGUCAAAUCCGCUUCGUGAUAGUAUAAGACGACGAAGACGAAUAGCUAGAAGUCAAAGUAUGGGAAAUUAUAUUUGA